AUGACCUUCCUCCCGCGCCAGGAUGUUCCGAGGUGGCAACGUAAUCACGUUGGCCGAAGGCGUAUCAGAGUACUGAGAGUCAGUGCUGGCGUACUUCUGAUGCUCUCAGUAUGGUGGCUUUCACACGAUUACGCGAUGACAUUACUUCGCUCGACGACGUUGGAAGACGAGGCGAUCAUCGAAAUCUCUCCAGUCUCAAUGAGUUUGAUUCCACCUCGAAUAUGGCAAAUAAUGUUCCCCAAAGCCGGAUCAAGCGACCCUAUUACGCCGGACCAGCUUGGAGAUACGGCUUCGUGGCUUGCGCUGAACCCAGACUUCAGCUACACUCUUAUAGGUCCCAAGGGCGCCAACGACUUAAUCUUGGAAGCCUUUCCAGAACAACCCCAGGUAGUCAAGGUGUUCGAGGACCUGCCAAACGUGGCAAUGAAGUCUGAUCUGCUGCGUUACGGUGUUCUCCACACUCACGGAGGUGUUUACACAGACACUGAUACUGUAGCUAUCAGAGGAGUCGACCAAUGGAUCCCAGCCGAUAUUCGAGAUCAAGUUCGGCUUGUUGUCGGGAUCGAGUACGACCGCCGGGACGACCGUCCGUGGCCUGGCAUCUUCCACUGGGUCCAAUUCUGCCAGUGGACCAUCGCCGCCGCCCCAGGCCACCCUGUCUUCGAGGGCAUGAUAGCACGGGCGUUACGCUCCAUAAUGGAGCUUGCCAACCAAGGGGAGCGGGCUUUUGUCGACCUACACUUGUCGACGUUGGAAGUCAUGAACUCCACAGGUCCUGCUGCUUGGACCGAGAUCGUCUUUGAACAUUUACAAGCGUUUGAUCCAUCCUUGAACACAACAGCCGAUCUCUCUUAUAUGGAAGAGCCCACAUUGUUUGGGGACAUUCUUGUCUUGCCGAUUGAUGGCUUUGGAAUGGGUCAGCAGCAUUCGCAUAGCUCCAAUGAUGGGAGCGUUCCGUCGGCAGCGUUAGCGAGGCAUCUCUUCCGUGGAUCCUGGAAAGAUGAUUGGUGA